AAGCGGCGAGGCGCAGACGAGCGGCAUCACUCGAGCCCAGGUCCCAGCCACCGGCACACACAGCGCCCCACGUUAAGGAGUAGCAGCCGCAGCGGAGGCGGCGGCUACAGCGGCCGGCGGGCGCCAUAAAGGCCCGGGUUGAAAAGCCUGGGAGGGCCGCGGAGCUACCCUCGGAGGAGGAGCCAGCCCCAGCCCGAGGCGCCACCACCGCAGAAGCAGUGCGGAGCAGCAGUCGCAUUCAUGGCCCACUCACCAGUGGCUGUCCAAGUGCCCGGGAUGCAGAAUAAUAUAGCUGAUCCAGAAGAACUGUUCACAAAAUUAGAACGCAUUGGGAAAGGCUCCUUUGGAGAAGUUUUCAAAGGAAUUGAUAAUCGUACCCAGCAAGUGGUUGCCAUUAAAAUCAUAGACCUGGAGGAAGCUGAAGAUGAAAUUGAAGACAUUCAGCAAGAAAUAACUGUUUUGAGUCAGUGUGAUAGCUCAUAUGUAACAAAAUACUAUGGAUCAUAUUUAAAGGGUUCAAAAUUAUGGAUAAUAAUGGAAUACCUAGGUGGAGGUUCAGCACUGGAUCUUCUUCGAGCUGGUCCAUUUGAUGAGUUCCAGAUUGCUACCAUGCUAAAGGAAAUUUUGAAGGGUCUGGACUAUCUGCAUUCAGAAAAGAAAAUCCACCGAGACAUAAAAGCUGCUAAUGUCUUGCUCUCAGAACAAGGAGAUGUUAAACUUGCUGACUUUGGAGUUGCUGGCCAGCUGACAGAUACACAAAUUAAAAGAAAUACCUUUGUUGGAACACCAUUUUGGAUGGCUCCUGAAGUUAUUCAACAGUCGGCUUAUGACUCAAAAGCUGACAUUUGGUCAUUGGGCAUUACUGCUAUUGAACUGGCCAAGGGAGAGCCACCUAACUCAGAUAUGCAUCCAAUGAGAGUUUUGUUUCUUAUUCCAAAAAACAAUCCUCCAACUCUUGUCGGAGAGUUUACUAAGUCCUUUAAAGAGUUUAUUGAUGCUUGCCUGAACAAAGACCCAUCAUUUCGUCCUACAGCUAAAGAACUUCUGAAACACAAAUUCAUUGUAAAAAACUCAAAGAAGACUUCUUAUCUGACUGAACUGAUUGAUCGAUUUAAAAGAUGGAAGGCAGAAGGACACAGUGAUGAUGAAUCAGAUUCUGAGGGCUCUGAUUCGGAAUCCACCAACAGGGAAAAUAAUACUCAUCCUGAAUGGAACUUUACCACUGUGCGAAAGAAGCCUGAUCCAAAGAAGCUGCAGAAUGGGGCAGAGAAAGACCUCGUGCAAACUCUAAGCUGUUUGUCUAUGAUAAUCACACCUGCAUUUGCUGAACUUAAACAACAAGAUGAAAAUAAUGCUACCAGGAAUCGAGCAAUUGAAGAACUUGAGAAAAGUAUUGCUGUGGCUGAAGCUGCCUGUCCUGGCAUCACAGAUAAAAUGGUGAAGAAAUUAAUUGAAAAAUUUCAAAAGUGUUCAGCGGAUGAAUCCCCCUAAGAAACUUCUUGUGGCUUUUAUUUCAUACGGACCUAGAGAAACCCACCAAAGUUAUUUCAAGAUUAAUAAUGCUUAACUCAUGAGCUCCAUGUGCCUUUGGAUCUUUGCAACA